AUGGCGUGCCCCAGAUGCAAAGCGCAGAAGGAGCGGUGCACCCACCUCAACGAACCUGCAGCUGCACCAACCCCGGCUGCCAUGCCUGCCCUGCCUGCCACCCCCCUUCGCACUCCUUUGAGCCGCAAGGCAAAGAACACCAACGCCGCUGCCAAGGAGCCGAGCCCUGUUCCCGACAACGAGGCCGCCCCUUCCGACGCUGAGAAGAAGGGAGCCGCUGCGGCCACCCGUCGCCCCCGUGGCACCAUGGAGGCGGCGUGUGCGCUCUCCAUUCACACCACCUUCAUCAAGGAGGUGCAGAGAACUCUCGACGACUUUGAGGAGAAGGUCGCCGCGACGAAUGAAGCCUGCGUGGCGAUGAGGGCCUCUGCUGACGCCGUUCAGCAGACCGUGGACACUUGGGUGACCGCUUGGACGGCUAGAGGCCAGUAG